AUCGUAUUUCUAAUCAUCUAAAACUAUUUUCUAGCGGCGUCCUGAAAGAAGGGAAAGAUCCAGAAUCCAAACCUCGUUUUUAAUGGAUUUUGUACCUUUCUGAGUCGCAACUUUGGCUCAAGGCGUCAAAAGUUGAGCGAGUCGCAAUCGUGAAGUGCAUUCUUGAAUUACGCAGCGUGGCAAAAUAGAUGAAAACAACUCCGCUACUGUUUGAGUACAAGGUCGACGCUGUCUAAAAGGACCUACUUUGGUGAAACAAGAGUAACUAUUUUCGAAGAAGAGAGGAAAAACAAAGACUCCGAAAAACAUCUUGAACUUUUGACGCCAGAUUUGACCAUAGUCGUUUAUCUGUGUUUACAAAUAUUACGUUGUACGGAAUCUUAGAACUUUAGACUCGCCAGGACACAAAACCAUUUAUAUAUAUAUAACGUGAUUCAGUGUACGAGUGUACGAUUCAGUGUAUAACGUGAUUCAGUGUACGAGGGAGAAAUGUCGACACGGAAAUACUGUACAAGCCAGGACCAGGGACUAUCGCGACAGAGUACGAAAACCUAUAAAGCAGUUCGACAAAAAUCAAACGCUGAGCUUGGUGAGAAACUUCGACGCUUAGACAAGGAACAUUACACGACUAUCUCGAAACUCUUGAACGAGAGGUACACUUGGAGAACGAUUCAUUACAAUUUACAACGUUCCGGAGAAGAAUCAUCUUCAGAAAGCGAUGGUGAUAGCGGACCCGAAGACAUUUCACAUUGUACUGUCACUAACGAGGAGGAAUGCCAAACUGUAGAGAAAAAGGUUCAAGGUGCACUCAUGGACAACGGUAAGAAACUAAAUUAUCUUCAGUUACCGAGCAUAAUCGAGGAGUCGACGAUGAUUUCCAGACAAAGAUCUCCGAAAUUAGGUCGGAGCCCUCUUCCACCAUUGUCGGAACAUGGCUUCCCGACUCGUGUCCGACGAAACACCGAGAGCAACCACGAAAGGCCGACAUUAACACGACAGCGUCAACGAAGUACGACCCUUCCUGUGGGUCACAUGCCUGGGGACAGACAAAGAAAGACAGACUUGAAGAAAAUUUCGAAACAUGACAAGUUAACGCAUAGCGAAGGAAAACGAGUGGGUGACGAAAAGUCUAGUCUAAACAGAAUUCAAGACGAUAAUGAAGUAAAGAACACGACCUUAUCGUGGGAGGAUCAGAUGCAAGGCUGUCGAUACCUAAGACCGCACAAGAGGAAUUCGACACCUGACUUUCUAGACAUGAAGGAAAUAUUUCACGUAACCUCUGAUAGAUCAACGAGUAAGAAUGAUUAGCGCUGAUUUAUAUUGAGCGUAAGGUAGCGUGAGGAAAGAUCUUUUAACUAUACAGACCAUAAUCUAAACCAAGGAAAUAUAAGCCUUGGAGGGAGUCUAACUGAAAGAGACCAAAGUAAAAAGAACUUUUCAA